CAUUCCUGUUUUGAUUUGGUUCUAGCAGUGACGCCUUCGGGUUGUGCAAAGCCUGGGAACAUUGAGGGCAUUAGGACCAGGAGCGAGACGCUCGCUUGGCUCUGGGCUGUGUCUGGCAGAGGGCUCUCCGCUGAGCAGAGCUAUGUGUGAAAGGAAAUCAGGCACUGCCUGCCGGCUUUACAUCUGUUGAUCUGACCUGACUUGAAGCGUCCAAAGAGGGACGGCUGUCAGCUCUGCUGCACUGAGAACCCACCAGCUCACCCCAGACAUCUCAUAGCAGCCUGACCAUUCAUGCAAAGGGGGAAAGAAACACAUGGGACUAAACACCUGAGCAGAAUGGAUUCAUUUUUUUUUCCCCAAGGAGAAAAACAGGGUAAAAGGGGAGCAAGCAACUCAGUUUAAAGUCCUUGUGAGUGGGCUCUCUGAAGGCAAUUAAAGAAAGCCACGCAGAGGACCUGGGGUGAAACUGGAGUCCUGUGGACUUUCUGAUAAGUGGAAGCAGGUUUUACACAUGCUGUUGGCAAAUGUCAGAUGGGAAAAAAGGAGCAGGUUAAGUGACUGGCAAAAGAAACUUCCAGGUGGAAUGAGCAACCAGGUCCUGCUGCAAGCUUGAAGGAACCUGGAGCCGGAUGAGAAAGCAAACUUGAACAUGACCUGUUGCAUCUGGCAAGUUGUAGCAACAUGCUCCUAAAGAAGCGGUACAGGCAUGGACCGUGCAGACUUCAGUUCCUCCUGCUGUUUCUGAUGCUGGGAUGCAUCCUGAUGAUGGUGGCCAUGUUGCAUCCUCCCCUGCACACUGGGCAACAGGCUCUCACAGCCCAGGCCAUCAAGCACACCCCUGAAAGCCGGUACCACCUGGACUUUGGGGAAUCUCAGGAAUGGGUCCUGGAGGCUGAGGAUGAGGGUGAGGAGUACGAGCUCCUGGAGGGCCUGCCACCCUUUAUCUCGCUGCGGGAAGAUCAGCUGCUAGUGGCUGUGGCUUCACCCAGGGCCAGAAGGAAUCAGAGCCAGGUCAGGAGAGGUGGCAGCUACCGGCUCAUCAAGCAUCUGAGCAAGAGGCCAGAUGAGGAAGCCCCAGAGGGGGACUGGGGGGCCGAGGAGGAGGAUGGGGAAGUAUCAGAAGAAAAGGAGAUGACCCCACUCAGCCUGGACUCGCAUGGCCUCAACGAGGCGCUCAGUGCCCGCCUGCCUCUUCACAGGGCCCUGCCCGAGGUGCGGCACCCGCUGUGUCUGCAGCAACGCCCUGAGGAGAGCCUGCCCACGGCCAGUGUCAUCCUCUGUUUUCAUGACGAAGCCUGGUCCACCCUCCUGAGGACCGUGCACAGCAUCCUUGACACAGCACCCAGGGCUUUCCUGAAAGAGGUCAUUCUCGUGGAUGACCUCAGUCAACAAGGACAACUCAAGUCUGCUCUCAGCGAAUAUGUGGCCAAGCUGGAGGGUGUGAAGUUGCUCAGGAGCAAUAAGAGACUGGGUGCCAUCAGGGCCCGGAUGUUGGGAGCCACCAGGGCCACAGGGGACGUGCUGGUCUUCAUGGAUGCCCACUGCGAGUGCCACCCAGGCUGGCUGGAGCCCCUGCUCAGCAGAAUAGCUGGUGACAGGAGCCGUGUGGUAUCCCCAGUCAUAGAUGUGAUUGACUGGAAGACUUUCCAAUAUUAUCCGUCCAAGGAUCUUCAGCGUGGGGUCUUGGACUGGAAGCUGGAUUUCCACUGGGAGCCUUUGCCAGAGAAUGAGAGGAAGGCCCUCCGGUUCCCCACCAGCCCCAUCAGGAGUCCUGUGGUGCCUGGAGAGGUGGUGGCCAUGGACAGACAUUACUUCCAAAACACGGGAGCCUAUGAUCCUCUCAUGUCACUGCGGGGUGGUGAAAACCUUGAAAUGUCCUUCAAGGCCUGGCUCUGUGGUGGCUCUGUUGAAAUCCUUCCCUGCUCUAGAGUGGGGCACAUCUACCAAAAUCAGGAUACCCACUCCUCCUCCCUUGACCAGGAGGCCAUCCUCCGGAACAAAGUCCGCCUUGCUGAGAUCUGGCUGGGGUCAUUCAAAGAAACCUUCUACAGGCACAGCCCAGAGGCCUUUGUUUUGAGCAAGGCCAAGAAGCCAGACUGCACUGAACGCUUGCAGCUGCAAAGGAGACUAGGCUGUCGGACGUUCCAUUGGUUUCUGGCCAACAUCUACCCUGAGAUGUACCCAUCUGAACACAGGCCCAGGUUCUCUGGAAAGCUCCACAACACUGGAUUUGGCUUCUGUGCAGACUGCCAAACAGAAGGGGACAUCCUGGGCUGUCCCAUGAGGCUGGCCCCUUGCAGUGACAGCCGGCAGCAACAGCACCUGGAGCACACCAGCAGGAAAGAGAUCCGCGCUGGCAGCCCACAGCACCUAUGCCUCGAUGUCAGGCGAGAGCAGGUGAUUCUUCAGAACUGCACAGAGAAUGGCUCUGCCAUUCACCAGCAGCACUGGGACUUCCAGGAGAAUGGAAUGAUUGUCCACAUUCUUUCUGGGAAAUGCAUGGAAGCUGUGGUUCAGCAAAACAAUAAAGAUUUGUACUUGCGUCAGUGUGAUGGAAAAGUCAGCCAGCUGUGGCGAUUUGACCACAUCCACCCUGUGGAUGAACGAUGAAUGCCGGAAGGCAAGAGAACAUGAGCAAGUCACAGUUCUGCCCCAAGGAAACUAAAGGAGUACGUUUAUAUCACAAAGCAGAUUCUUUUGUACUUGUGCUCCUGAUUCAGGAGAGAAAGAAAGUUUUGUGAAUCAAUAUCAGAAGCCCCUGGCUGUUUUUAAAAAAGAAAGAGUGGAUUCA